AUGGGUCUCAGCAGAGUGGUGGCCAAUUCUAAUGCACAGACAAAUAGACACCUUACUACUACCUCCUGCUUAAAUAACCUUUGUAAAAGGUUGAUCAGAAGAGGUAAAACCAUAGAAAAAUUAGAAUUGGCAAUUAUGGCAUUAUUAGAAUCAGUAACUGCUUGUGCUAAUGUUUUGGCUGCAGUUUCAAGAGAGCAUUUAGAUGCUCAACUGCCAAACCCAUCAAAAGAAUAUGGAGAUAAAAAGUUAUCAGUAGGUGCUAUGGGUGCUAUUAUUAAAAGAAUGGCUGAAAAUGCAGGUAUUCAGGGUAGAUAUACUGCUUAUAGUAUUAGGAUCAGUGGUAUGAUAGCUGCAAUAGAAGCAGGAUUGUCAUUAGUACAAAUUAGAGCUAUAGAAGGUUGGAAUAGUAAAGCAGUAAUGUUGUACUUGAGAUCUGUAGGAACAGCAA